AAACACAAUGAUGGAGUUGGACCAAGUCAAAAAAGUAGGUUGGUGGCCUAAUAAUUGAGCAAAUGUUAAGUACCGUUGGAAAAGGUAGUAUUCUUUCUUUUUGCACACACAGCAGCAACUUCCAAACAAUUGCUUGCUCUUUUCCAUUGUAAAGGCCUCACAAAAUUUGUCCUAAAGUCACUUCUUUUCUAAUUCAAAGCAUAUUAAACAAAUAUAGAACGAAAUGACCAUGGAAUUGGAUUAGGAGCGGUGGUUGGAUCUCAAUAUUCAAAUACAGGAGCGUUGCUUCCUUCCACAACCUCCAUUUUCCUAUAAGAAUCCAAGGCAGAGUUUGGUGUUUUCCCAUCUCCCUGUUGUUUCCUCCUCUUGUUGGGUUUUCUUUGCCUCUGCGAGGUUUGCCAAACCUUGCAGGAACAAAGAAACCCAUCCUAUCCCAUUCUCAGAAGCUGAAAAACACAAUUAAAAUCAAUCAUGGGUCUCCAAUCCUCUGUAAGAGUCAAGAGGCUUUGGAAUGUUCUUAAGGCGACGCUUAUCCUAAUGGCAAGAAAGGGUCUGAUCUCAAAGAGAAGGUUCAUCAUGGACAUGAAUUUAAUGGUGAAGAGAGGGAAGGUGUUCAGAAAAUCUAUGACCAAUUACUUCAUGUUCCAUCAUCACCACCACCACUCCGGUGGAAGAGAAAUGACACGUGGCGGUUUCGACAUACAGGACUAUGAAUUCCCUUGGAGCAACACUCCCAUUAAUCCUGUUUUUUCCCACAUGUCAAAGCGCAGUACCAAAUACCAGACUUACUUCCCCUGUAUCAACCUUCCUGUGGAGAUAAAGCAACAAGAAAAGAAAGAAGAGGAAGAAGAUUCAUACCCAGAAGCCGAGGCGGCCUGUAUUGAUGCUUGUAGCUAUGCUUUGAGUCCUGCAAUGGAGGAGGGAAGCCCACUCGUUACCCCAUUUAACGUACGGAUAUCAAACUAUUCAUCUGAGGAAGAAAAUGAUAUUACCUGUGAAAGUGGACAAGUGGAUAAUCAGGCUGAGGAGUUCAUCAGAAGGUUCUAUGAACAGCUGAAGAUGCAACGAAGCCUGCAACUACUGCAAUAUAACUAAUUUAAGCAAUUAAUGGAGCUUAAAUUAUUGUAAGCGAUUGCAUUAAUGGGGUUUAUACAUAGUUUUCUCAUGUUUUAAUGGAGCUUCAAUUCAACAAUUCCUUCACCUCUCAGUUCCACCAACUCCCUCUCACCAUUUCAAUAGAAAACGAUAUGAGAGCCUAACUCAUUUCU